CUUUCCCAUUCCUCCCUCUUUCUCCCCCUUCUUUCCCAUUCCUCCCCAUUUCCCCCCAGUUUCUCCUCCUUUUGCCCCGUCCCCCUGGGGAGGGCUCCCUUCCCUGGACCUGUGGGCCAGCGAGCAGGGUAUCUUAUCUUGGAUGAGUUAAAAUCCCACUUGGAAAACUCUUCCAAACCCUGGAGAGGACCCAGGCACCUAGAAGCUUUGCUGUGGUUUUUCUUUCUUUGUCUAACAGAAAAUAUUACUGUUUUCAGAGGGCUUUUCUUGGUUAAAAUGUUCUGAAAAUGGAAGCGUUUCAGUGAAGCUGAACUUCAGACAUACAGCACGGUUUCUUCUCCCCAAAGCCAAACUCUUCCUUGCACAGAAAUUGCAGAUAAACUUCCCAUCAGGCCUAUGGAGCCACGAGGGAUUGUCAAAGCCUUUCCCAAGAGGAAGAAGGUGAGAGGUGACUCAGGGAAAAGCGUCCCUCCGAAGAUACCAAAAGAGGAAGGAACAGAGAUAUCUGAGGCAGCGUGGCUGGAACCAGUCACUGCCUACGUGUUGCAGGCUGGCAUUGGCCAAGCCAGGGCGGAGAUCUUCCGCAAGCAGAUUGUCCAGAAUGGAGGUGUUGUACAGAACCAGCUCUCCUCAGAGGUGACGCACGUCAUCGUGGCUGAAGACAUGGACUGUGAUCGGGCCUUUCGGCUCCUUAAAUUAACCAGGCUACCUUCAGGGCUGCAGCUGGUGAAGGCAUCUUGGCUAAGUGCUUGCAUUAGAGACCAGAAGCUGCUGAGUACUGCUGGCUAUGCUGUCUUUGUCCCUCGCAGGUACCUGGAGAACGGAGAACUGCGGAAGGAGCAGCAGGUCCUGGGCAGUGAAGAGAUUCAGCCAUCAGCAGAUGAGGGAACCAUGAAACCAAAUACUGAAGCACAAGUCAGGGAUUCCUUGCAGCAAGGCCUGGGCACCCUUGGACAGCAGCAACUGGCUGAGAAAGCCUCUGAUGAUGAAGACAGUGAAGGAGAAGAUGCUAGCGUCACCCAGGAAGACCUGGAAGCAUUGAUUUCUGGCCGCUACCCUGUGAAAUCAUCAGAGGAGACCAGUGACAGCUCUUCUGCAGUGGCUCGGCCUGCCAGCAAGUGGGUUUGUGCCCAUUCCUCCAACAGUAAGAAGGACAAUCACAACCAGUGCAUCACAGAGAAGCUGGAAGUGCUGGCAAAGGCCUAUUCUGUCCAGGGCGACAAGUGGAGAGCUCUGGGCUACUCCAAAGCCAUCAAUGCACUCAAGAGCUACCACAAACCAGUUACCUCCUACCAGGAAGCCUGUAAAAUCCCUGGAAUUGGGAAGCGGAUGGCAGAGAAGAUCCUGGAGAUCUUGGAGAGUGGGCACCUGCGCAAGCUGGAUCACAUCAGUGAGAGUGUGCCUGUGCUGGAGUUGUUUUCCAACGUCUGGGGCGCAGGGGUUAAGACAGCUCAGAUGUGGUACCAGCAGGGUUUCCGGACACUGGAUGAUAUCCGUACCAAGGCGACUCUCACCAGCCAGCAAGCUGUGGGGCUGAAGCACUACACAGAUUUCCUGGAGCGCAUGCCUCGGGAGGAAGCUGCAGAAAUAGAACAGACCGUCAGACAAGCUGCCCUGGCCGUGAAGCAUGGGCUCGUGUGUGUGGCAUGUGGCUCCUACCGUCGGGGGAAGCCCACCUGUGGAGACGUGGAUGUACUGAUCACGCACCCAGAUGGGCAGUCUCACCGUGGGGUGUUCACCAAGCUGAUCGACAGCCUCCACAAGAGCGGCUUCCUUACGGAUGAUCUGGUGAGUAAGGAGGACAACGGUGAGCAGAAGAAGUACCUGGGGGUGUGCUGCCUCCCUGGGCCAGCCCAGCGUCACCGCCGGCUUGACAUCAUCGUGGUGCCUUACAGUGAGUUCGCCUGUGCCCUGCUGUACUUCACAGGCUCAGCUCACUUCAACCGCUCCAUGCGGGCCCUGGCCAAGACCAAGGGCAUGAGCCUCUCGGAGCAUGCCCUCACCUCGGCUGUGGUGCGAGGCCCUGGAGGCGUCAAGGUGGUGUCUGGUCAUGUUCUGCCCACUCCCACUGAGAGAGAUGUCUUCAUUCAGCUGGGGCUGCCUUACCGGGAGCCCUCGGAACGGGACUGGUGAUGUGCAGAUGUCACCGAGCACCCUGGGCCCACUGCUGUGCUGCUGUUCUGAAGGGUGCCAAUUUCUCCAGUGCUGCUCUGUGGUGACUGCAGACCAGGGAGCGUAUCCCAGCAAACUGGGGCUCUUCAGAAGUGUGAGGCUCUGCUGUUGGCAGAGCUGCUUCACCCAGCAGAGGCUGUGGGCUGGAAUCACACUGGAUGUGCUGCCCAUCAGCUACCCUGGCCCUGCUCUCCCCAGGGAAGCUUCAGAAAGCUGGGCUGUAGAACCGUGUGAUCUAGCCCCUGACAGUGCUUGGAAACUGAGGAAGUGGGAUGCAUCUUCCUCUGUGUCUGAGCACAGACACCUCAAAAUCUCUGGCCUGAGCAGUAUUUGAAGGCAGCCAGGAUCUGGCUUGGUCCAGGAACAGGCCUUCCCCCUUUUCACUACUGUUGACAGUUGCUACUAUGGGAAUCGUGAAGGGUCUGCCAUGCUGCUGCUGUGCGCUCCCUCCAUCUAAGCAGACUUGUGUCCUCUGGCAGGUCUCACAGCGUGGGGCCAGGCUUCUGUGACUGCCACCAGCUUGCCCUGGUGCCAGGUAAACCUGGAGGGAGGCAUGGGGACACGAUGGGCUAUGUCUGCUUGCUCUCAGCCCAUUGUGUGCUGAGAAUCUUCCAGGGCAGAGAACUGUGAUCCCCCUGGUCUGCCCCCAAGAGCUCCUUUCCUCUCAGAGCAGGAGAGUGGCUCUUGUGGCUCAGGGGAGCUGUGCUCGGGAAGGGUUUGCAUGUAAUGGCUCUGAAUGUAACCUGGCAGGGUGAUGCGUUUGGUGCAUGCAAGGCACAGAGGCAGAGAGAAACACAAGGAGAUAGGUUAGCUCUAAUUUGAGUGAAGUGAAAGCUUUCCCUUUGCACAUGUGGAAGCCAUGGAGUCAUCUGUUCUUUGAUCAGAAAGUGUGUGUAUAUUUGAGUAUGCAUGUAUGUGUGCGCUGGCCCUGUUCCAUUGGGGUGAGUUUUAUUUCUCAGGAAACCUCAGCUAGUGAAGAUGAAUGUCUCAGAGACUUUUAGUGCUCCGUCUCCGUUACGGCAUUGUAGUGGUUCUUCCUACAGAGGUGCUGCUCAGUGGCAUCAGCUGCCAGGAAGGCCAAGUUGGGCACUACUGUACCAGGACCCCAAGGUUCCUUCUGGCCGGUGUCUGGGCCUGGCUUCCCGCUCCCUUGUCUCUGGGGGGAACGCGUAGCUGGCCACCCCCGCUCUCCACUCUGCCACGUCUUUGCAGCAAUGAGCUGCGUGUUUGCUGCUGGAGUGGGCUCAAAGGCUUUAAGCCUGGUAAGUUUGCACAGUUUCUUGCUGCACUGUCAGUGUCAUGUGGGGCUGAAGUGUUUCCUGGGAGGCCUUGACCUCAGCAGUGUUGUCAGCCCAGCCUCACUACCAAACACUGGAUGGAAAUGAAUGUCUGCUGGUGUGUUUUGAUGCUUUGAAAUUUGAAGUGUAAUAAAUUCUUUCUCCCUUUUUCCUUGG